AUGCCUCAGCUUAGUGCGCUGACAGCCAACAAAAACUUCCUGACUGGAACAAAUCCGCCACUUCCACCAAGUCUUUCUGUUUGUCGAUUGGCUGAACAGUCGAGUGGGAAGCAUUUCUGCAAUAGAAAAGGCGAGGGAAACUGUUUCUCCAACGCCGCCAAUGCACCUAGUACUUGCAGCCUCACCAGUAAUCAGUGCAAAUAG